AGUCCCGUACUCUUCUGACACUGUCAAACAAUCCUCUUAAUGUGGGUAUUAAAAGCCUUGUGGUUGUGCUGCGCAUUUGAUUCCGGUUGGCUUGGGAUACCUGAGUUCAGCUCUCCUUAGUCCUUCCGUUCCACCCACAAUCCCUAGUGGCCGCAGGUGUUGCUUUUUUUCCUGGUUCCUUCUCUCCUCGAAGCCCCCUCCCCCAAUCCCAGCGCGGGGCCGGCUAACGGGAAGAAGGAAAACGUAGCGUGAAGUCUCCUCGAAGCACUGACCCUCAGCUCCCACGGGCUGCCCCAGAGCUGCAAGCGUGCCGCCGCUCCGCUCAGGUAAACUUCGGAGUGAGUUACCUGCACUUGGAGAAGGGCCUUACCUGAGCGCGCCUCUGCCAAUGGCAGCUCACCUGAGGGAGGCCCGCAGCCAAUCACUGCGCAGCUCGUCCCUCGGGUUGUACCCUUUAGUGAAAGAAUUCAGCUCCUUGCGAGAAAGUUACCUGUGGCCGACCAAGUCCGCCACUUUCUGCUCUGUGGCUGCCCAUUGCCACGAUCCAGGAGGACUCCGCGCUGCCCGGCCGCCUCCGAGCUCGGGCCCCAUGUGAGGGGCCCCUCCUUAUCCCACCUUUCCGGCUAGGUGAGGGCGCGAGCGGGCGAGCGAGCGAGAGUGGUGAGGGGGGACGGAAAAGCAGAAUUACCUGUAGCUCUUGUUCUGCCAUCUCGGGCGCUCUCACACACCUUCACCUGCACAGACUUGAAAGUCCAGUUUCACCAGAGGCUGAGGCUCCAGGAAAAGGGGAGCGAGUUCAUUGGAUCAAACAUGUCACAAGAGUCGGACAAUAAUAAACGACUGGUGGCCUUAGUGCCCAUGCCCAGUGACCCUCCAUUCAACACCCGAAGAGCCUACACCAGUGAGGAUGAAGCCUGGAAGUCGUAUUUGGAGAAUCCCCUGACAGCGGCUACCAAGGCGAUGAUGAGCAUUAAUGGCGACGAGGACAGCGCUGCUGCCCUUGGCCUGCUGUACGACUACUACAAGGUUCCCCGAGACAAGAGGCUGCUGUCUGUAAGCAAAGCAAGUGACAACCAAGAAGACCAGGACAAAAGAAACUGUCUCGGCACCAGUGAAGCCCAGAGUAAUGUGAGUGGAGGAGAAAACCGAGUGCAGGUCCUAAAGACCGUUCCAGUGAACCUUUCCCUAAAUCAAGACCACCUUGAGAAUUCAAAACGGGAACAGUACGGCACGAGCAUCCCCGAGAGCCCUGCCAUCAUCCCUGUGUCGGGAAUCACGGUGGUGAAAGCUGAAGAUUUCACACCGGUUUUCAUGGCGCCACCCGUGCACUACCCACGGGAAGAUGGUCAGGAGCAGCGUGUGGUUAUCUUUGAACAGACUCAGUAUGGCGUGCCCUCCAUGGCCAGCCACAGCUCCUACCUCAAGGAUGACCAGCGCAGCACCCCGGACAGCACUUACAGCGAGAGCUUCAAAGACGGGACCACAGAGAAAUUUCGGAGUGCUUCAGUUGGGGCUGAGGAGUACAUGUAUGACCAGACAUCGAGUGGCACGUUUCAGUACACGCUGGAAGCCACCAAAUCUCUCCGUCAGAAGCAGGGGGAAGGCCCCAUGACCUACCUCAACAAGGGACAAUUUUAUGCCAUAACACUUAGUGAGACUGGAGACAACAAAUGCUUCCGACACCCCAUCAGCAAAGUCAGGAGUGUGGUCAUGGUGGUCUUCAGUGAAGACAAAAACCGAGAUGAACAGCUGAAAUACUGGAAGUACUGGCACUCUCGGCAGCAUACGGCAAAGCAGAGGGUCCUUGACAUCGCUGAUUACAAGGAGAGUUUUAAUACCAUUGGAAACAUUGAAGAGAUUGCAUAUAAUGCUGUUUCCUUCACUUGGGACGUGAAUGAAGAGGCGAAGAUUUUCAUCACUGUGAAUUGCCUGAGUACAGAUUUCUCCUCCCAAAAAGGGGUGAAAGGACUUCCUUUGAUGAUUCAGAUUGAUACAUACAGUUAUAAUAAUCGUAGCAAUAAACCCAUUCAUAGAGCUUAUUGCCAGAUCAAGGUCUUCUGCGACAAAGGAGCAGAAAGAAAAAUCCGAGAUGAAGAGAGGAAGCAGAACAGGAAGAAGGGGAAAGGCCAGGCCUCCCAAACCCAGUGCAACAACUCCUCAGAUGGGAAGUUGGCGGCGAUACCUUUACAGAAGAAGAGUGACAUCACCUAUUUCAAAACGAUGCCUGAUCUGCACUCGCAGCCUGUCCUCUUCAUUCCUGACGUCCACUUUGCAAACCUGCAGAGGACAGGACAGGUGUAUUACAACACGGAUGAUGAACGCGAAGGCAGCAGUGUCCUUGUUAAACGGAUGUUCAGGCCCAUGGAAGAGGAGUUCGGCCCAGCACCUUCCAAGCAGAUGAAAGAAGAGGGGAUGAAGCGAGUGCUUUUGUACGUGAGGAAGGAGACCGAUGAUGUGUUUGAUGCCUUGAUGUUGAAAUCUCCCACAGUGAAGGGCCUGAUGGAAGCGAUAUCUGAGAAAUACGGGCUGCCUGUGGAGAAGAUAGCAAAGCUUUACAAGAAAAGCAAAAAAGGCAUCUUGGUGAACAUGGACGACAACAUCAUUGAGCACUACUCGAAUGAGGACACCUUCAUCCUCAACAUGGAGAGCAUGGUGGAAGGCUUCAAGAUCACGCUCAUGGAAAUCUGAGCCCUGGUCUCGGCUUGCCCUCGGCAGGAGUUCUCAGUGCAUUCCUCCGCGGGACAGACGGAGGCCCUGGCCCCAGAACCCGCAGACCCACCUCACCCAUCUCACAACUGCUGUUACACGACUGCGCUCGGGAGCGGGGCAAGGCACAAUGCCCCAUUCCUUGUCAGUGUGUUUGGCCCAUCCACCAGCUCCUGCGGUGGAGCUGAGGCCCAAGCCCCUUGGGAAGGGCCUUUGGGCCUGUCAGACCCUUAUUUAUUGUCCACCCUGUUCCAGAGCCCAGGGCCAGGCCCGCCAGGACUCUGCAGGUCCCUGCUGGCUCCAGAGGACACCACCCACCCCUUCAAGGGAAACACCGCCAAUCCAUUCAUCUCGAGUAGCCUUAGAAAGUCUCAUCCCGUCGGCCUCACCUCUCCACUUCUCCUGAGUGGCUGGACAAAAUGAGCUGCUUCUUGGAGCAGUAGUCAGAGGUGCGGAAAGAGGUGGAUGCCCCUUUACUGGUCAACCCUUCAGGUUGCUCUGGAGAAGGUCAUCUUGCUAGAUACCUCCAGGGGUCCCCAGUGAGUGGCCACCAGGCCUUGUACAGGAGGACAUUCAACUACCAUGUAAUUAGUAAGUGACACAGAAGAUGUGCCUGGCUAUCAUGUACAUAGUGUUCAUAAUAUUGCAAUAAUAUAUUUUAUCUGGGGUACGUGGGCAUGUUUACUGCCGCUGGCCUAGGGGAGGCACAUACCUGGAGACUCUGCUUUCUACAAGAGGUUUCUGCCUCUGUGCUGUUCAGGAGAUACUCUGGGCUAGGGAAGUGGCCUGCACGGUGUCAGGUGACUUCAGCAGGUGCCAAGAUGGAUGCUCCUGUAGGCAUGCUGGGGGGUCAGGCCUUGCUUUCCAUAGGAGCCCCACUUCCUCUCCAUGGGCACAACGCACCCUGGAGGCCACCACCUUAUUUCACGGUGAUGUGCUUUGCUUGAGUCUCCCUCUGAGCGCUCUUGGUGGGAAAGGUCAGAUUAUCUGAGGCCCCAGCUCCUCUGCUUUGGUGUCGGUACUGCCUGAGCUUGCUGGAGAGACUGCAAGGGGGUUGCCAUCAGGGCCCUGUCGCUGGGGCCCGCUGCAGAGCUCCUUGGCUAUCAUGAGGAUUCUGGCCACUGUGCAGUGCCUCGCAGCUUACAAGCACGUCCUUCAUCUCAAGUGGCCCCUGUAAAGGCCCAACUGCAGUUCUGAGAGCGCUGCCAACUCAGCUCUCAAUGGCCAGGCCGGGGCUGCCUCCUGGGCCUUGCCGGAGAGGGAGGGAUCUGCCAUCUCUGCUCCUGCCUGCUGGAUUUGGAGGGAGGGAGGGAAGGACAGUGCCCCAAGAGCUCUGGCUCUUCUGAAACCACCCUCCAGAGGAGAACUCCGUCUCCUGCUGCAUGCCCUGGGAGACCAAGAGGAGAAACACUGCUUCCCUAAAUAAUCAUGAACCAUCCUGGACCGCUGUUCUCUUUGAGGGACUAGGGGUUUGCCUUCACCCUUGUAGGUGGAACACUAGCUUUUUGGUAGUUAGACCCAUCCGCCACCCAAGGUCCGGGAUCUAGGACAGGUUCUAUGUAAAGGCCCAGAUUGUUUGUAAAGCACUUUGACGUCUUACCUGGGGGCUCUCCAAGGGCUCCCUGCCCUCCCACCCCAUCUGCCCCAGGGGCCCAGAGCAGGAUGGAAGGGCUGCUUCCAGCUCAGUCGUUUCUCCUUGAGGCUGCAGAGGAUUUGAAUGAAAUGGAGGGCAGGUGCUGUGCCUAGGAAGGCCUCUAGGUGGUGGUGAGGGGGCACCUUUCUGUGUGUCUCCUAGACACCUUACCCCUCCCCGUGAUGCCAAAGGUUUGCUACCUGGAUUCAGCUCUGUUUCAGUCUGUCCCCUCUUCCUCCUCCACUCUGUGACUGCCAUGCCCGGGACCAGCAGCUGGGGACCCUCCUGGAUACCAAUGGAGCUCUCUUCUAAGAUGGUGGCACGUUCAGUGUUGAAAAUACCUGAUAUACUAUGCACUUCCUGUGCCCCCUGCUUUAGGAGUGGUUUCAAACAUGAUUGGCAGGCAGAACGGCAGAUACUGUUGGGCUGGGGCACAGGACUCCAGGGUAGGGAAAAGAUCAUUGGCAGUCUGACACAGGUUACCUACCCCUCUCUCUUUAGCCUCCGUGGAAAAGAAAAUGUUUGCAGGUCCUGCCCUAGGCAGAGGAUGAAUAAGAGAUGCUUUUGCAUCUGUCCCAGCCCACUCCCCCGCUUCCUCCCGCAGCAAUCAUUGUGGUGACCACUGCCAGAACAAAGAAUAUGAGGUCAGUACCACCAAAGUGUGGUGCAGUGUCACCGCCCAUCUGAUCUGCCCCGUCUGCAUUCUCAGAGUGCCCAUGGCUUAGCCAUGAUGUGUCGUUCACUGUGUAUAUUAUCAGAGCUUUGAUGAAGAACAUUUCUUGAGCAAAAACACCCCAAAAAGAGGAAAAAUUGCCUCCUCUUCUUUUUUUUUGUCCCUUAAAUUAAUCACACUGAAAUAAAUAAACUUAAAAAAAAAUCCUUGUAAAAUAAGGGACAUGUGAAACAAGUGUUUUUAAAUAUGUUUCCAAAUUGCUUAGACUUUACAGGUGUUUGGACAUUGGGGCCAACAGAAAAAUGCAAUCACAUGUCACCUUGGAAUUGAAUCCUAAAAGACUAAGGCACGUCCCGGGCCAGAAACUUAGGAAGCAUGAAAUUAAUCAAACAUUUAUUUUUCUUCUUAUUUAAAAUUGUGGAAAUGCAGCAGAAACAGAGGGUUUGUGCCAAAUUCUAUGAACAGCCCUUUCUUAAAGAUAAGCAAGGGAGACCGGUGAACAAUGUGCUCUCGUGUUAAAAAAAAAAAAAAAGCAGAUGUAACUUAAUAGUUUUGUAAAUGGGAGAGGGGGAAUCUAUAAACUAUAAAUACAGUUAUUUUAUUUUUUGUACAUUUUUAAGAAGAAAAAAAUAAAUAUUCAUAAAGUAAGAGUACACGACAAUGUCUGGUACUUUCCACGAGGUGGGUGUGACGGUUCUUUGCCGGAAUGGAAAGAAACCUCUGUGUAAGCUUGAAAGAUUCUAGGCUCCCCUUGGGCAUGUUUGAGCACUAAGCUUCAACACAGAGAGUGUUUCCUUUUCUGGUUGCCUUGCUGUGUCCCACCCCAAGGUUAAGUGAGAAAAGGGCUAAAGACAUCCAAGAGGCCUUCAGUGUGGCCAUGACAGGCCAGCAGGGUGGUUAUUCUUGACCGUUUCCUCAGGGCAGGGAGUACGUUCUGUCCGUGCACUUUUACCUCCCUCACUCCCAGCUCACACACCCCCACUUGAAUAACCACAGAGCUUCCCUGUUCCAUAGUUCAUCUGCACCAGCCUCUACACAGGCUGAAACUCCAGUUCCGUCACAACAAUCUCUUGCCCUGGUACCCAGGCUUGCUAGCGUCUGUCAGCUCAAAUGGGAACACCUUGAUUCACUAUCCCAGUACUUAUUGAUGUUUCCUCAGUGAACACCACCUACUCUGCUUCAACCAUCAUCCAUGAUUAGCUCCCGAGAGCCUCUCUGUUCCAAACAAGUAGCAUUUCUAUGUUCUACAUCUCACCUUCUCUCUGUCGCUCCAUGUCUGCAGCAUUCAAAUCGCGGCUAAAAAGUUGCCUUCAGAAAGCCUUCUCUAUCUUCGUCCCCGGUGGCAUCCCCCGCAGCCUCUAUGCUGGUCCAGGAGGCAGGGAAGAGGAGGUUGGGAGAUGUUCUCAGUAGAGGGUCUGAAGCCAUUCCCCCCAGGUCCUGCUGAGGCUGCCGCUGCCCUCCGCACCUCCCCUAAGGCAGUCCCUCCCUCGGUGCAUGGCAGUCGUUGUCCUGCUGUUCAGUGAACUUGUUCACCCUAUGUGCCACCUCCCUGUACUGGGACUCUGGUCGGGUAGGCCAGGAUGACCAACUGUCAGGGCCACAGGGUCCAGUUCCACCUUUGACCUUCUGCUCUAUACCAGUUCAGCUACUGUGGACCAGGUGCUGUGCCCCUUGCUGGGGACAAAGCGGCAGAUUUGAGGCAGCUGCAGUCUGCCCUCAGGGGCUGUGAUGUGCCAAGGAUAACAGCCUGACAUCAUCAGCACAAUAAUAGGGGAGUCAGGACUCUGUUAUCCCCUCAGUCCUAAGGCAUACAAACCCUUAGCUUUUCACAAUGUGAUGAAUGGUCACCAAAUGUGAACCUCACUUUGGGAAGGCUGCCAGCUCAAGUGCCUGAACCCUAUGGAUCUGAGGGUCAGUAGGAAUGAAGAAGGGGAUGGUAUCUGGGCCAGUCCAGAUCCUCCAAGAAGCAGAAGCCAAGGUAGGAUUAAAUGUUCAAAAGAUUUAUUGAGGGAAUUCACAUGAAGGAUAAAGGGGAAACAUGCAGGAAGAGACAGAACGUGCAGACUGGCCCAAGCGAAAGGAGAGAGGGAAGAAGGAAGCUUGGGUUGGGCAGGAGGAGCCUCAGACUGCCUCAGCCAGGCCAGCAGAGAGUCCCUGAGGAUGCUCACAGACAGGAAGAAUCCCAUUUAGGGCAAGAAUGACCCAGUUCUAAUACCCCCGCCAUGCACAGUCAUUGACUGGGACCAGCCCUGGGAGAGCGUGGCCUCAGAGUGAACACGGAGGUGGCUCCAAAGGUUGUAAUUGGAGCCUGUCAUUCAGCUGUGCUUCCAAGAGCAGGUUCUCGUAACAGAAGAUCUGAACCGGCGCCUCUGUGGUCACCAUAGCCAAUCUCUUCUAAAAAGAUCAAUAGAGAUUCACUGGGGUUCUCCUUUUACAUGUAAACAUUCCUUGAGUGGGUUUUCUAGUUCACCACCUUAUUAUGAGACACCCUUUGUCCCCGGGGUCCUUCUUCCCUACAUUUGUCUGAACUCUACUUAAAUGGAUGCGCUGGUUAAUUUUGGAGACUUGGGAAUCCGAGGAAACAGUGGGGGCCUCUGAUCAGCCAUUAGCAGCAAAAGAGAGGAAGGGGAUGUUGAAAGGGCACUCAAGGCACAUGUCACCUGCUUGUUCCUUGGGUAGCAAACACCUCUCACGCACCACUCAAGAAAGCGCUGGAUUUCUGGUCUGCCGUCCCACCUGGGUGUAAGCUACUUCAUAAUCAUUUUCAAGGUGUUGGUCAGAACUUACCAGCUGAUCUGCGAGCUUGGUCUCCUACGUCUUUGCUAAUGAUUCUUAUCCCUACUCCCCCUCCACCUCCAAGACUAUAGUGCUUAGAACUGUGUUGGGUUAGCACUGAACAUACUAUGGAAGUGCAGUAAAGUGAUUACUGAUAUUGGAAAGGUAUAUUUUGAGGGAGACUGUCCAUCUGUCUGUCUACAUGUGUGUGAUAUACUGGUGGCAGAGCUACGAGCAUUUAUUAAGGGUUAGCAAGCUGAGCUGCCCAGAAUUUUGAAGUAGUUUCACCAAUCUCUUCUAGAGAACUAUUGGAGUGCCAUCCUUUUGCUGGAAUAGUGUGGAGAAAAGAAGUUAUGAAAUAAGCCUCCCUGAGGCCCUGGCCCCUCUCUGAGCUUCUCUAGGGCAUUAACUGCACCCUGUGGAAUAUCUUCAGAAUGAUCAUUGCUUGCAACCCCAGGGAUAUCUGGGACCAGGGAUGGCGCAUGCCUAUCUAAGUCCUGGACACAUGCCCAGCAUUCAACUGUAGAGAAACGUGUUUGAAAUGGGUAUUCCAUUGCUUAUACCCUUGGCCUGAACAUCUUUUCACUUUGCAACAAUUUCUCUAUGUUAGGUAGACUUGACUGAUGCUCUAGUGCCUUGGAAAAUGUAGGUGUCAGUGUUUUCUCUCUUAUUUCUUCAGUCACCUCAAAAACCAGAAAAUUUCUGGGGAGUGCUGAGCAUCUCCUGACAAAGACAGGAGAGGCGUGUGCGAAGCAUCUCCAUUUCUUCCAAAGACAGUUCUCGUAAUCUCCUCCACCAUGACUGAGAGAACACUUGGACCAUUCCUCAACUGGUGUGUACCCUCCAUGCCUAAACUGAGGUGUGAAGGGACCCAGUUGGAUUAGGGUGUCAGGACAAUGCCCUGAAAAUGGAGCCCCCGGCUUGAAAAUUUGGUGGAAAUGGCCAAGUUGGCCUCCAACAGGUACGGGACUGCAGGCCCCUAAUCAGGGUGGAGGCUCCCAACCACCGUCUCACCAUCACUGCUGUGAAUGACAUGGUGUUACUCAUGCUCAGUAGUCGUGGGUAUCAGGGCCAUUGCUGGUCCGUAGGGAGAAACUGUGUGAAGUAGAAAAAGACACUGUUCCAGGCCAACUCAACUCCUACAUGAGGUCUAGUUGGCCCAUGAGGCACCUACUAUAGCUGACACAGCCCCUUUUUCCUACAUUGGAUGGCCUUCCGUGCUAGAGGCAGGGCCAAUGACAGCAACAAAAAGCAAACAAGCACUUGAUCUGAAUUGGCUUUGAGGGUGUGGGUUCUGUCCCAUGUCAUCUUUUCUAUAUACUCUUCUCUGGACUGAGAGGUGAAGCGAGGGGAGAGGAGUAUAUUAAUUUCCCACUGAACAGGAGGUUGCCCCAGUUUCUCCUUCCAUUGAGCCUAAUGUUUGAACUAGAGUUUGCGGCUCCAGUUGUGAGGAAGGAGGGGAGCUGAAAAGAAAGUGAAGGUCAUGAAUGAAGGGAAGCAAGGAAGCCCAAGUGUAGACCAAGGAUGCUUUGGGGCAGAGCUUGAGGCUCAGCAGCCUCUCCUAUCGGCCCUGUCAAAAGCCCUGGUUCUUUGUUCAAUGUUUUUUCUUUUGUUUCUUCAGCUACCUCAAAAACCAGAAAAUUUCUGGCCAGUGCUGAGCAUUGAGCUAGGGCAGAAACCAUACCCAGGAGGAGGCCAGUAUCAGCACCUAGGCCCUCACACAGACACAGACUCAACUGGAGCAGCAGAUUAGGCAUGGACACCUCAUGUCCCAGACAGUCAUUUUAAACCAUCAACAUGCUGGACUGCCAAUGUUAACUGAUCUAGGAACCACUCCAUAUGAUGGGAUAUAUAUAUAUAUAUAUAUAUAUCCAUCCAUCCCUGGGGCAUAUAGACGAGGUAGGAUGAUAGCACCCGCAACACCCCUCCCCACCCUAAACGAGGGUAUGAACAGUCAAUCACUCUGUCUCAUCCUUCAAGUUGUAAGCCACUUUAUUCCAGUCCCUUGAACAUCACAGGCUGGCUUGAUUUCAGGCAGAACAGACUCCAUUUCCAGAGGUCCCGCAACACAGCAAUGACAAUGAACAGCCCAGCCCAGGAGUGACAUAAACCUUUAGGCAUCCAGCCCUCUGGGUGCUGCAGAGUCCCUUAGCCAAGCUUGAGUGCACUGGAUUAGACAUAGAAUGACCUUCCCGGGAAUGAGGAGAAGAAAAACAAUCUUUGAGAAAAUACAGACAAGGUCAAUGGCAGGCCAGAACCAGGGCUUUUCUGUACACCCCCGGCAUGGGGGUGUUUUUAGCCACGCGUCUGGCUCUGUUUCUUUCCUAAACAGCUAGAGACCCUCUUCCCUGCUCCUCCAGUUCUAGGUUCUAGGGAACAGAGUGAGUCUGACUCAGCAAGAUGUCACCGCCAAGGGCAGAGUCCAGGUGAGUUUCCCAAACAUGACGCCACCAUCUAAGGAGAACUAAAAGGAGGAAUUGGGUCUUCAAUCGAGAGCAGGAAUAAGUGGGAGGCACCUCCUGAACACUACUGAUAGAGGCUCGGGCUUCCCUUGCCCGCUCUGCACUCCAUGUCUUAAUUCCCAGAUUUUACCACUUGAACCAAGGAGGAACUUGGGCAAGUCUCAGUAUAAAACCACUAUGAGAAACUGACACUCAGGGGAAGAGUAAGAUUAUUUUAUCAUAUUGAGUUCUCAAAAUUUCACCCUGUAAAGCUGGCUCAUUUUGGUCAACCACACAAAUUUGGAUUUUUGCUACACGUUAAGAGAGACUCAAGUGAUGGGCAAGAAUCUGGAGAUUAUAAUCAGCAACCUCUUCCUAGUGGCUAUAAUGUCUACCUUGCUGUGGUUCUUAGCUUACGGGAAGUAGUGCGGCAGCAGCAGACCCAAUGGGGACCUCUCUGCCUUUCCUUGGGACAGGUUCUCCCCAUCUACACCCUUGGAUGUUUGAGCUUCCUCGUGCCUACUGCUUAUGAAAAUACUUCCUUAAGACCAGCAAUUUUAACUCUUAGCUUUUAAUUCAAAUCAGUGUGUAUGAGGUCACCAGACCGAACAGCAACUCAGAUUUGUGUUGUCACUUCUAGAAAUAGAAAUUGGCAUUCAAAGAACACAGUGAGGGGGAACACUUUUGGAUUUUCCAUGGUGGGCCUUGGAAGUCACAGAUGCACGUGCCCAUGCCUUCUUCAUGGUGAAUCAGAUGAUUGCCCGACCUCUGACUCUCUGUUGGGCUACUUGGGGAAUGGAAAGUCACCAUCCCAGAUACGGCUCCCUAACCAUUCAUGUGGAUCAAACUAUUGGGAAGUCCUGAGACUUGAUGCGACUGUGUGUGUGUGUGUGUGUGUGUGUGUGUGUGUGUGUGUUUGUGUGUGUGUGGUGGUGGGAGGGGGGGUGUCCAGAAUAUUGAUCUGCUCAGAAAAGCACCACACCUCCAAUGUAAUAUUACCAAUGCGCUGCUGGGCUGGGUGGGCAAACCAUCAUCUCAUAAGUAUUAACCUUCUGGUGCUCGAAUUGACGUGUCUCAUUUAAACCUGCUUCUAUUCUCCAGGCACUGCUACUCUGGAAAAACAUUCAACAUUAAAUUUGGGCCCGAGUCAUGGUUACCUUGUACUUUUCUGGAAUAUAUAAAAUAUACCUGUUGAUGGGUGCAUUUGUGCAAAGACAGAUAUGACUUUAAAACAAGACAUAGACAUUCGUUAUAGUUGGCUUACUUCACAAUAAGCUACUAGAAACAGUCUUCUGUAAUAAGAUGGGAUUAGUGCUCACUAAACAUGCGUUUCAUUUAAACAAGGCAAAACACUUAAUUUGGUCUGCAAUACCCAAUAUUUUAUGUACAGCAUUCUUCUUCUUCUUUUUUUUUUUUUUAAAUCACAAGAGGCGACAAGAUGGGUCUGGUCUUGGAAUAUAAGUUACCAUUUGUGUUUAAAUUUCCAAAGAAACUCAUCUUAGCUCAACUAGUGUAAACCUGUGAAAAAAUAGCUGAGCCGUCUUUUCCCUCUCCACUUUUAAUUUACCUUAAAAUGUUCACAGCUUAGAAACUACAGCCUGCUGGGGGGAGGGGGGGAGCGGGCCUGCAGGGGGAAUUCCCCAGGUCCCAUUAAUAGCCUGGCUCCUGAGGGUUCCUUGUCCUUGGGGAUCCCGAAUCUGGUGACAUCAUCCCUAGGGCAUGUGUGACAGCAGAUCCGGGGGUGGUGUGGAGGGGGGGGGGGGGUUUUGUUUUUCAAACAAGCCCCUUGCAGCUUGCAAUAGCAUCAUUGCACUGGAUUGAUUUCCCUUCUCUUGCCUCCCCGAGUCUUCAGUUUUGGAAUAGAGA